AGAGUCCUCCCACACAGUCAAAUCCCCGUGGAAAGUUCAGACUAGUUUCCCCAAACCGAGUCUUCUUCGUCUUCUCGUCUCCAUUUAUACCCCUCUAAACUCUCUCUCUCUCUCAAAUCUUCCAGAAAGCCCUAACCAUGGAAGACUCAGUCGUCGCCGAACCGCCGACACUCCCUCCAGAUCUGACCCGUAAUGCUACCAAUUCCGGCGAGGACUUCGAGUCCCUUCCGAUCCCUCCUCUCGAUCCUCAAUUCUUCCCAUCUGACACCGGAAUGCCCUCCGAUUCCUUCAUGUCGGAUCUCGGGUUCGGGUUCGGCUCCGAAGACAAUUGCGAUUACGAGCUCACCUUUGAUGAUUUGGACAAUCUCUACCUCCCGUCGGAGGCCGACGACUUCCUCAUCCCCGACGGGUUUGAUCCGACGGCUCAGCCGAGCGGAGAUUCCACUCUUCUGCUGGAUUCGCAGUCUCCGGAGUCCGGACUUUCCAAGGGCUCCUCGGAUGGCGUAGUCUCCGGUUUCCUGAAUUAUCCGUCGUCGGAGUCCGGCGGCCACGAUCAGGAGUUUUCGGAGAAUUCCGGCGGGCCGUUGUCGUCUCAGGGCUCCGGGAUUCCCGAGGCGGGCAAUUCUCCUACUCAUUCCGGCAACUCCGAUCGCGACGUGUCGUCGUCGAACGUCACUACUGCCGAUGAGAAGGUGAAGAUAGAGGAGGAGAUGACCAGAAGCGGCUUAGUUGCGAAGAGGAAGAAAGAGAGCGGCGGCGAAGAAGGGAACGUGGAGUCGAGAAGCUCCAAGUAUCGGAGGUCGGAGAGUGGCUUGAACGAUGAAGAUGAGAAGAGGAAGGCCAGAUUGAUGAGGAACAGAGAGAGUGCUCAGCUUUCGAGGCAGAGGAAGAAGCAUUAUGUGGAAGAGCUUGAAGAUAAGGUUAGGGCUAUGCAUACAACUAUAGCUGAUUUGAAUAAUAAGAUUUCAUAUAUUAUGGCCGAGAAUGCUACUCUGAAGCAGCAAUUGAGCUGUGGUAGUGGCAUGUGCCCGCCACCGCAGCCGCCGCCUCCGGGGAUGUACCCAAUGCCACCCAUGGGUUAUCCAUGGAUGCCAUACUCGCCUUAUGUUGUGAAACCGCAAGGUUCUCAGGUCCCUUUGGUUCCCAUACCUAGGCUUAAACCCCAGCAGCCCGCGGCUGCACCAAAGCCGAAGAAGAAGUCGGAGAGUAAGACCAAGAAGGUUGCUAGCAUUAGUUUCCUGGGUCUGCUGUUUUUCCUGUUGCUUUUUGGUGGACUUGUUCCCAUGGUGAAUGUUGGUUUUGGUGGGUCGAAUUAUGUUAGAGAUAGGUUUUAUGAUCAGCAGAGGGCGAAGGUUUUGACGGUUGAGAGUCAUUUGAAUGGAUCAGAGGGAAAUAUACCUUUAGGAAUAUCUGGUGGGAAAUUUGAUGUCUCUAACAAAAUUCAUGAGAGGGGUCAUAAGCAGAAAGAACAGGGGUUACCUGGCGUGGGUAAUGCUAGUGAGCCUCUUGUUGCCUCUUUGUAUGUUCCGAGAAAUGAUAAACUUGUUAAGAUUGAUGGGAACUUGAUUAUUCAUUCAGUCCUGGCCAGUGAGAAAGCUAAAACUCAUAAGAAGAGUAGGGAGGCCAGAGUGGAAGGAGCUAAAGAUUUGGUUUCAGCAUUGGCUAUACCUGAAGCUGGAGUGAACAGAGGGAGACGUGCUCCUUUAUACAGAACUCCUGCUGGACAACGCAAGGCUCUUACAGCUGGUUCUGCUGAUGGUAAACUGCAGCAGUGGUUUCGUGAAGGUCUUGCUGGACCGUUGUUGAGUUCAGGCAUGUGCACUGAAGUGUUCCAGUUUGAUGUAUCAGCUGCUACUCAUUCAGGAGGCAUAAUUCCUGCUUCGUCAGUUGCCAAUGUCUCUGAACACGGUUCAAAUUCUGCAAGGCUUAACAGGGGAGGAAACAGAAGGAUCCUUGGUGGUCGCGCAAUUCCCCUUGCUGGAUCCAAUCAUAAUGUUACUGAUGAAGAACGCGCCAUAAGAAACAAUCAGUCGAGCAACAACUUUCAAGGCAGUAAUUCUUCCAUGGUCGUUUCCGUUCUGGUUGAUCCUAGAGAGGCAGGUGACAUUGACGUUGAUGGCAUGAUCAAACCCAAGUCACUUUCUCGGGUUUUCGUUGUUCUGCUUCUAGACAGUGUGAAGUAUGUCACUUACUCAUGUGUGCUUCCUCGCUCUGCUCCUCACUUAGUGACUACUUAACAUGGAAGUUCAGUUCGGAGUUUUAGAUGACACCUAGAUCUAAUUUCAGAAGCUCCCAGUUAAUUUAUGCAACAGGAGUAGCUGUUUCUGUAAGACUUUAACUUCAUGCUCUCUACUUACUAGAGUAUUGGGAGCUGUUUAUGCUUUGGUUUGAAUGCUAUCACUGUAGUGAACAUUUGGAAUCUUAUAGCUCCUGGCUUGAUGUAGCCAUUUGAGUUUGUAUGGAACACCUAGGUUAUAUGAUACAAGUAUAAUUUAUAAGAAAAGGAAAUCUACUUUUCAUAA